AGGUUCAUAUUCAAACUUAAAAUGGCUAUACUUGGACAUGCCAUAAAACCAAUGUAUUCAAACACUUUUAAUGAUUUUGAAGAUUCUUCUAACUUCCGAUUUGAAUUUGUACCUAGCAUUCUAUUACUCAUUUCUCAUCACAAUUGGCCACUAUCAUAAUAUCUACCCUAGUUAACCUUAGAUAGGUACCUAACAGUUAACUAACGUAAUAAAAACAUCACCGAGAUGUCUUCACGAGGGAAUCAGCGAAGAGGUCCAAAUCGCAAUAGCGAGAUCGGCGAGCACGGCGAGGAAUUGCCCAUGUGGAAAGACAUCAAGGACAAAGGCACUGCUAUUACCAAUGCCUUCAACGAUAGUAGCUCCAACGUCAACAAGAUUCGCGACCAGGAGAGGCUCAUGGCCGAGAAGAAGACCAAAGGCGUCCUCACCAUAGAAGACUAUAAUACACUCGAUGACUUCUACCGUAAGGGUGUAAAGGCCAAUGAAAUCGCUAGUCAAGCCAUUGUCGAAACAAUCGAAAAGCUCAAGGUAUUGCGUGCCGUGCAGAAGGCCAAGGAGGAGCAGCAAGAGGUAAACACCUCGAGAGUCCAGCGGGCUAAAGAGUCAGCUGCUGCUGCCUCUUCUCUAUAUGACUUUGACGGAUCUGGCGAGUCGUCCGUCCCGUCUCCAAACCCCACCAUACGCCGUAUAAAUAAUAAUAACAAGGGUGACCGUGACUCAGUCCCCCCUAGGGAUCGUUCUACUCCGGCAACCAAGGCGGGGAGCGCCGAACCACAAGCCGGGCCCUCUUCUAACUCCAUCCGUACCAAGCAGACGUUCGCCAAAGACGACGAGGUCGCUUUCAAGCCCAAGCCCGUAAGUAACGAGCAGACGGACUGGAUUUUAGGCAUCGUCCAAGAUGUGCGCGGCGACGGAAAGACGAGGCGUUACAGGGUCCUGGACGCCGACGUGGACGAGAAUGGUCACCAAAAAGAUUUCCGAACUUACGCUAGCAGCAUGAUCCUUAUCCCUAGAGAAGGGACCGUGUUGCCGCCAUUAGAGACGGGUAAGACGGUGCUGGCGCUUUAUCCCAAUACCACCACGUUUUAUAAAGCCGAGGUUAUGGGGAUGGAUGGCGAUGGGAAGGUGAACUUGAAAUUUGAGGGCGAGGAGAGCAGCAACACAAUGCAAGCCGUCAUCCGUCGACACGUUGUGGAGUAUCGGGGUUGAGGAGGGCGAGCUUUGUUAGAUUGGUUGAUUGGGGUUAGGAGUCUAGGCUGAUCGGAUGGGACCUGAUCUGAAGUUACUGGAGUUACUGGUUGAUUCUUCUGGGAGCCAAACUUGAUAUGAUUCAGUAUUUAGUCUACGAAUAGCGUAUGCGGGUUGAAUUCGGAUUUCAUCUUGACGCUUACUCGGGCGAUGAAAUGGCUAUCUGUUUCAUUCCCUGUAUGAAAUAGCAUCGUAUACUCAAACAUGUUAUUUAACUAGUAA